CUAGGCGCCCAUACACGUGUGAAGACGCGUCUUGACGCGCUGCGGGGAUCUGACGCGCGCGGCUCGCCCUGUCCGGCGCCGUGCUGCCCUUGCCCUCCCCUCUCAUUGCCUGCACGCUCCGCAGGAACAGCUGGCCGACCAACACGCCACUCCUGAGCACCAUGGCUGAGUUCCUCACGCGCAUCGACACCGCCAAGCUUGUCGCAGCGGAAACUGCUCUUGCAGCGUUCACCUCUGCGUUUGUCGCCCCGAGCUACAACCUUCCUAUCUUCCUGUUUGGCCUCUAUGCCCAGGAGGCUGCAGAGGCCGUGGAGUCGAUGAAGAUGUUCACCUACCUCGUAAUAGGGACCAUUCCGCUCGACAUUAUUUGGAUGUGGAACCACGAGCAGGGAUGGUUCAUGAAGCUGCUCACUAUAUUGAUCUUGGCAUUGAAGAUACCCACCGCUAUGGUCUUUGCGACAGCCUUGCAGACACGGGGCGGUAACUUCUCGGGCUUCAGUGGUCUACGCAGCGCUGACGUCGGGGGCGCGACGGUCUGGUCCAUGCCCGGUGGGUUCACUUCUGGUGGACGAGAGGGCUACCAGAAUGUGGACGAGCCCGACAUCCAGACGCCAAAGCCUCUUGGCACUUCGCAGCCCCCAGCUGCGCCUGCCCAACAGGGCACGCCUAGCGCAUACCAAAACGUGUAACGCUUGAGAUGCGAUGUGCGCAAUUGUUGGCUAUGGAUACAGUGUUACGUCUAUGUACAGGAUUGUGGUCUAGGGGCUACAAAC